GAUAGGAAAAUUUUAAAACGCAACUCAACAACACUACAUAAGCCAGGCAGAACAUAUGAAUUGAAUUCCAUAGACAAUUCAUUUCAGUCUCUUUUGCCCACAACUCCAUUUUCUUCUUCAAACUUUUCUCUGUACAUUCUCUUCUUCAACAGUGAGAAAGAAGAAGAACACAAAUGGAAACUCAAUGCUAAUCCAUGGAAACCUCUAUUCAUUACAGAUCAUUCCAACAAAAGUGCUACCAAAAAGAUGCAUCUUUCUCCUCCUAUCUCCGCCCCCAACCACCACCACCACCAAAAUCACCACCGCCACCUUCCCAAGAACCCAAUGAAUCCACAGUUGACGACUCCGAUCAGAUAAGCGUUUUCGACGCUGAAAACUACUUCAGCGAAAGCAGCAGCAACAACAACAACAACAACAAUGAGCACAAAGAGAAUAACAAGAUAGCUUCUUCAUCAUCAUCACCACCUAUUUUCCCCCCUGAUCAGAGAAGUGAAUUUUCAAUUGUUUCGCGACUCUCUUCUGUUUCAUCUGACGAUAGGUAUCGCAAUGGAAGGAAUUACAGAACGCAUUCGUUUCACGCUACGCCAACCGCUUCUUCUGAAGCUAGUUGGAAUAGCCGGACCGGUCUUUUGUCGAAUCCUCCGGGCUCCAUUGCUGUGUCUUUAAAAAACCUUCCUACUCGCGAUAAUUUGAAUAUCAAUGGAGAACGAGUUAGCUCUGCUAAAAAAUGGUUUUUAGGUAGGAAGUGUCCGUGUUCGUGUAAGAAAUCUGUUGAAGUAAAGGAGAAGAGCUCAAUUGUAAAAACUUCAGAUAGUAAAAAAUUACAAUCCAAUCAAAGUGUGAUUGAAUCGGAAUUUAAAACUGUAUUUACGAAACAACAAUCUGUGAAGAAAUCGCAUUUGGUUGAAAGUUCGGAGAUGUUAGUUCCGAAUCUACGACGAGUUUCAUCACAGAAGUGUUCGAUGAAUGAUGUGAUUGAAAGUUCGGCGAAAGUAGAUCUGAAUUCGAGGCGGUUUUCAUCGCAGUGUCAAUUUUCAGCCAACGCCACCGUGGAGAACCGCCACCACCAUCACGGCCGCCAGUUCAACGAGGGAGCUGGAUUCUCGUUCCCGAUUUUGAAUCAAUCCUCGAAGAUUAUGUUGACGGGAGCACAAACCUGUACUCCUAUAGAAGAUCCACCUCGGGAUUCGUUGGAGGUUUUUCGGCCACCGGAGGAGUCUGCUUCCGGCAAGUCAAUGGCUGUUGAACACCGUGCACUGGCGGCGAACGGCGGCGAUUUUGCGUUUCCGGCGAGUCCGAUUUCUCGGAUCACCGCCGCAACAGACGACGACGUUGCGAGCGACGCGAGCUCCGAUUUGUUCGAGAUCGAGAGCUUAUCGACUCAACCACCACUACCGCCGCCGCCGCCGUACCCUAUGUUCUUCCGGCGAGACUUGCUCGACGAAACAGCGACUUUCAAUGCUAGAAGACUGGCUGCCGGAGGCAGCGUAAACUUCCGGCGGCGGAGUUCGGACGAGGCUGCGGCGACGCCGUCGAUUGCAGUGGCGGAGUGUUACGAGCCUAGCGAGGCGAGCAUUGACUGGAGCGUCACCACGGCGGAGGGGUUUGAUCGAGCUAGUGUCACGAAUUUGUCGAUUUCAGCCUCCGAUAUAGAAGAAUUUGCAACUAUACAACAAGUAAAGAGUGGUGACGGUGGUAGUGGUGGCAGUAGAGAUGGGAGUAGGAGGAGGUUGGGAAAUUAUGGGGGGUUGUUGAGCUGUCGGUGUGAGAAGGCGGUGAAUGUGGGGCUGCCACCACGGUCCUAAAUAUCAAUUGAUAGGUAUUGAAUAUUUCUGUUAUUUUUUAAUAUAUCGAUUGAUAUUGUAGAUUGAUAUUUGAUUAUAUUAUUGAUAUUAAUAUGUUAUUUAAUACUGUUAUUUAAAACUAUAGUCACAACAGACGGUGGUGGAGGAAGAGGAGGGGCGGAGGACGGUGAGUGGAGGUGGCAGAAUGUGAGUGGAGGUGGUGGUGAUGGUGGGGGAGAGUACAAGUAGUAGGGCAGGGGGUACAUAGCAAGGAUUUUAAUAAGCCAACGAUUGGGAGGUCGCGGUCUGCACGAUUGUCUCUGGCUUUUGCAACAUAUACAACGUGACUCCAGAGCUACAUCAUGCUGUGUUUGUCUGCUUAUUUAUGUGGCGAUGGUUCUCUCAUUCUCUCUCUGUCUUUCUUAUUUUAUUCAUUUCAGGCUCGUGGGUCCAAUCCAAAUUUCAAUUCAAUUUUGUGAGUUAUUUUUUAGUGAUUUUUUUCUUUUGAGAA